GGGGCGGGUUUUCCAAGUGCGUGCGUUUCUUAAUACUGAAUAUGAUCUUUCCAGAUUUUUAGUGUCUCACAUCUUAUGGGAUCACUGUCAUUGGGUUAUUAUCCUUCAUGUGAUGUGGCGACGGCAACAUCUGGGUCAGCUUCUACAGACGAUCGACAAUCAACUCUCAUUUAUCCAUGUAUUAAGAUAAUGAACAUCACUGGAUUCGAUGCUGAACGGUAUAAAGUCAUCAAGGGUGAAUAUACACCACUCGCAUGUUAUGGUGAAUUACGAAUUAAUUAUUGUAUCACACGUGAUAUCCCUUUCCUAUCAAAUUCAUUUAUUACAAAUUGGUCUCAAACACAAGUUAAUCUUGACAGACAAUUGUACGAUAAAUGAUACAAGUGUAGAUUUGUUUUCUAGAUUUAAUGAAGCCUUUGAUUUACCCUUACCAUAUAAUGCCUUGUAUGACUAUAAUGGAAUUUGUUUUGUCCUGUCAUCUACGUAUACGGAUAAAAAAGGUAUGCAUGAACAGUUAAUAGCUGGUGCGAACAUGAAAUUAUAUAAUUCUAAAAAGUAAGUUAAUAGCAACUAUCAUUUAUCUACAUUACCGUAUUAUGUGGACUAAAAUGUGUAAGUCAGCAAACCAUACUAUUUUGUCCCCGUGUCUGACUGUGGUAUGAGUGAACGAAGAUGCUAGUGAAAUGUAUAACCUAUUUGACUUCGUAAAUGUGCUGAUCAUUCGCGUUAAGAUGACGUAAAAAUGAAAAGUCUAAUACGAAUCGCAUUUAAGAUAUCUAUAUUUUAGAAUUUUGUAUGAGCAGGCAAAAUGAACAAGUGAGUACGAAAACCGAUUGGGUACAGGCACGAGUAACUUUAAAAAAGCUGCUCAAUGAGUAACGAGUGACUUAGUCUUUAUAUAAAGUGAAUAACGUAUGGAUUAUAGACUACCAAUAUGAGUAUAAGUCAACAUACGCACACCAAUGAAGAUCAGAUAACAGAUAGGGUUGGCUAUGCUACUAUGCGAUGAUACCCAAGCCAUGCAAUCCGCACUUAAUCAGUUGGCAAUUAGUGUUCGUAGGUAUGGUAUAUGCUUUGCCUCUUCGAAGUACAGAGCGCUUUUACAUGACUGAUAGGACUCUGAUCCUGCAUUCACUCUGAGUAGUGAGUGGAUAGAAGUAGUCGAGUUCGUGUAUCUGGGUAGUUGUGUAAGUGUUGGUGGUUGAGUGAGUGAUGAAAUCAAUUCACGAAUGGUGGAAGCCAGGGCAGCUUAUGCCCAUCUUGGCCAUCAUUGGUGCUUUCGUGAUGUUAGUCUGGCUGUGAAAGUUCGGAUUUACAACGCGUAGGUGAGAGGAGGUUUUCUCUAUGCCUGUGAGACCUGACCUCUUUAAUUUGAGGAUGUUAGAUGACCAUCUGUGUUUGAUAAUCACUGUAUCCGAAGGAUUAUUGAUAUCUGGUUGCAACAUCAUGCUAGCAAUGUAGAAGUUUGGCAUCUUGUGUCCAGGCACAGCGUCGAUAAUUCAUCUGGUGACAGUAUAUUGAAACAUCGACUUGUGACACUGGCUUCGGUGGGUUGGACAUGUCUUACGAAUGUUGUCCCAGAAAACUCCACAUUGUGAAAUAUUUUCCGAUGUCGGGACUGGUUGGAAAAAGAGGAGUGGUGGUCAGUGUAUGACAUGGUAUCGCGGUAUGAAAAAAAGCUGGACUGACUUUUGUUGAUCUUUCACGACUCCCUAGUUGGGUUCCUGAAGAUGGCGCAACACAGCGGCCUGAGACAUUAUGAGGCAUGUCUCAGAAUAGAAGCUAGUGGAUAUCCUGCUGUAAUUUUCUCUUGCUUUGUUCAUAAAAGUGAACGUAGCUUUUUUAACUAAGAAUUUUUUCUGGUUGUAUUUUUCUUAAUUGAACAGCUUUUCUCCUUAGACAGGAUAUCCCUCACUAUCAAGUUAGAUGUUUGUAUCGCUUCGAUUGUCAUUAUCCUUAACAGUUCAAAUAAUUAUACUUCUCUCCUGACCUAUAAUAAGAACACUUACUUUGUGGUCUACCAACACUUCAACUAUUACAGCGAUUUCUACAUCAGAAAUUGUUCCUUAUAUAUCCAUGCAAUCGGUUAUGUUUAAGUAUGUUUUAAUUUUUUAGACAUUCAUAUCUCAUUUCACAAGUGAGAUAUUUUAAUCGCACUAAUUUGAUUUGAUUGUUAAUUAGUUGACUAAUUUGAUGUAACUUAGUUAUCAAUUGUAUACUUGUGUAUGUGACUUCAAGACGCACUUUGUAUGAAGAUCACCAAUAGUACCCAGCUGCCUAAACUGAAAUUAUAGAAGCAAGAUGUAGUUGUUUUACCUUAACCAGUCCACCGUUCCACUAUCCAGUUAUGAUAUCCAGCAAGUAUGCCUCAUAGCCUACCAGUAUUGUAGUAGAUUUGUCUAAAUUAGAUAUCUGACUUAAGAAUCAUAAGUGCUGUUGUAUAGCUAUACUUUAUGUCGUUUACUUGGAAAACUGUUCACAGAAACAAAUGAAUAUAUAUAUAAUAUUUAAAUAAUUUUCAGAGUAUUUCGACAAGGAAUUUACGAACUUGAACUACAUCCUUUGGAACCGUUAGGUGUUUAUCGACUAGAGGAUGUUGAAAAAUUAGUAAGGGAACCUACUUUUGACUCGAAACCUUCGAAUAUGGAUACCAUGAAUCAAAUCCUUAAGACGAGUCGUAAACACCUUCGUAAUGAAUUGUUAGAAACACCAUUAGAUCGACAUUGUAUGCCAGAUGUGGAACAUGCAGUUGAUGAAGCAAAACGAGCUAGCGGACGUUUAUUUCUCAGUGUAAAAUUUGAGUUUUCACGAAGCCAUCCAUCUGUGUAUAUGCCUGUAAUAUUUCAGCGUCCAUUUCUACCUGAACAGUCAGAAUUACGAGCUGAUCGAUGGAAUCCAGUAGAUGAAAAGUACUUUAAAAUGACACGUAAUGCUCGUACAGCUGACGUGGAUCGUGCACGUAAACCUAAUAAAGACAUAUUAGAUAGAUUGAAACUUGUUCUUGAUUUACCACCGGGAUUAAAUAUAUCCGAGUCAGAUGGGGAUCUUAUCUGGAAGUAUCGAUUUUAUUUAGCUGACAAAUUCCCUGAAACUUCUUUAGCUAAAUUCAUUUUAUCUGUUCGUUGGGAAUAUACAGAACAAGUGAAUCAAGCUGUUGAAUUGUUAAAACAAUGGCCAACAAUAGCGCCUGAACAUGUCCUAGAACUGUUCACUCGUCAAUUUCUUCAUCCUGCCGGUAGAAGGUUCGCUGUACAUCGUUUGGAAGCUGCCAGUGAUGAGGAACUUAUCUUAUACUUAUAUCAACUUGUACAGGCAUUACGCUAUGAAAAUUGGCAUGAUAUAUUUUCAGUUCGACCUAAAAGGAAUGAUCGAACUUCUAAACGUAAUGUUUCAGAUGUUAUAAAAGAAGGUAAUUCUGAAGAGGUGAAAUCUACAAGUUUGACAUCAAAUCGUAAAAUACCAUCAUCUUUUCGUACUGGACGAGGUGGUGCAUUGUCAAAUAUUGAACGUAGUCGUGAAGAAUUAAUCGGAUGGCACUCUGAUUUGAAAAAAGAAUGGAAAGAAGAUUUAGCCAGUUUCCUCAUAAGACGUGCUCAACUAAAUUUUCGUAUUGCAAAUAACCUAUAUUGGUUUUUACGCUUAGAAGCAAACAGCAAUGAUGGUGAAGAUGAUUUCUCAGAACAGGAUACACUAAAUUCACCGGAUACUCAAAAGAUGUAUAAACAUGUUUUGAAUAGACUUUUACAUGCUUUUGAUGCUGGUAGUCCUACUUGUCAAAAAUGGAACAUAGAACUACUACAACAAACACAAUUCAUUCAAGAUUUAUGUCGGUUGCUAAAAUCAGUUACCAAUGAUUUGGGUAAUCGUUCACGUAAAAUUGAAUUGUUAAGAUCAAAGUUGGAUAGUGAAGAAUAUGCUCAUAUUAGGCAUAUUGACAGACCAUUCCCACUUCCUUUAAAUCCGGAUAUUAUUGUAUGCGGCGUACAAUCGUCUACAGCUACACUAUUCAAGAGUUUUCAACGACCUGCAUUACUGACUUUUAUCCAACCGAAUGGCGAUACGUAUCGAGCUAUUUUAAAACAUGGUGAUGAUUUACGCCAGGAUCAAUUGGUUUUACAAAUGAUUGAGUUAAUGGAUGUGAUCCUUCGCAAAGAAAAUUUCGACCUUCGACUGACACCGUAUAAAGUUUUGGCUACAAGUAACCGUCUCGGUUUAGUUCAAUUUGUUGAGUCUAUUUCAUUGGCUGAUAUUCUUCAUCGCUCCACAUUACUAGCUUAUUUACAAUUAAAAGCUCCGAGUCCAAAUAGUCCUAUGGGUGUUCAAAAAGACGUAAUGGAAACAUAUAUUCGCUCCUGUGCUGGUUAUUGUGUCAUCACUUAUCUUCUUGGAGUAGGUGAUCGUCAUAUGGAGAACUUACUGCUCACUGCUGAUGGUCAUUUAUUUCAUAUUGAUUUUAGUUUUAUUCUUGGUGCUGAUCCUAAACCGAUGGCACCUGAAGUAAGAUUAACUCGUGCAAUGAUUGAUGGUAUGGGUGGUCCAAAUUCAAAUCAAUUUAAUGAAUUUUGGAAAAUCACUUUUACAGCUUUUCUUAUUUUAAGACGGCACGCGAAUUUAUUUUUGACUCUAUUUUCCUUGAUGUCAAACACAGGAAUACAGAGUUUCAAUGGUCAACAAAAUAAUGCAUCUGAAUUUUUAAAAGAACAUUUCUGUGUACAUCAGUCAGAAGAGAAAGCUGUUAGUCGACUGGCUAAUCGUAUGACUGAAUCCAUCAAGGCUAUUGUACCUGAUAUUAUGGAACGAAUACACACUAUUGUACAAUACAUGAGGAACUAAUCAAAUCUUUCAAUCAUCUAAUUGUGAUAAGACAUUCAGUGACCUUUUUUUGUCAAACUUAUAUUUUCAUAACAAAAAAAUAUCAUGAAUUAUCAUCAGAAAACUUUUGUUUACAAAAUGGUUCAACCAAUAUGCUAAACAUUACAGUAUUUCUUAUCAUUAUGUAAUAAUUUUAUUGUAACAAUCUAUGUACAUGAAUGAUAAUAAUAAUAAUAAUUUUGAUGAUUGUCUUAUAU